UCAAUUACGCAAAAGAUGUUACAGCACGAAAAGCAACAUUUCCAAAUCAAAAUAUUGACUUCCAAUAUUCCUAUUUUAAAUUAUUAUGCUUAUUUUGAAGAGAAAUGUUCAUAGCAAGAGAAGAGAAAAUUCAUAGCAAAGCAGAAUAAUCAUUUUAUUUUUUUUACUUUAAGCUAAGUUUACUAUAAUUGUAUUUAUUUAAAAAUGACAAAAUUGCCAAUAAUAUCAGCCCACUCUUAGAAUCCUGACUUAAAACACACGUUACCGCUUCCAAAUAUCUUUCCAAAGGGGGGCGCUAUCUGAACACAGAGCAACAGGCAUUCAGCGUUACUCACAUUCAAGAUAUUAACAUUAUCUAAAGAGCAAAGGGGAGUUUCCAAAGUCAUCAAGUCCAUCCAACUUUGCCAUUUUCGGCCAGAGACCACUGAAAAUGACUCCCAAGAAGACUGCCGCUCCCUUCCUAUGGGUUUCUUUUUGCUUUGGGAAUGUUCUUGAGGCAGUGGUGCUGGGAUCGGUGCCGUACCCCUCUGAUAACGGGCUCCACUCACAUCUGGAUGCGCGCGGUCCUGCAGAAGCAAGCGCGAGCUCUCGGAGCGACUUCACAUCUGUUCAUGUUCCGUCUUACAUGAUCUCUCUGUACAGGACUCUAUCGGAACUGGACCGACAGGGAAGCAACGGCAGCCAGACGCGCUCCAGGAGAUAUGCCAAUACAGUGACCAGCUUCAUUGACCUGGGACAAGACGACCCUUCUCUGAAGUUCCACCAGCAGUACACAUUCGACCUGUCAGGUCUCUCAAGACUGGACGAACUGAUGGAGGUGGAGCUGCGGGUUCUGAGGAGGCCACCACCUGAUGUCUUAAGUUUACUCUCCACUGGUGGGAACCUGUACCGACUACUCCUUCACACCUGCUCCCUCCCGGGAUCCUCUAACCAACCUCUGCUCCUCACUUCCAGGACCAUUGAUCUUCUGGAUAUUGCUUCAGCCACAUGGGACGUGUUUGACGUUGGCACAAGCGUGAAGACCCACCUCAAGUUGAUCAGGGCCGCAGAAGGCAGCAGGCCAUUGUGCUUCAGCAUAUCUGCUGUUUCUGAUUCAAAAGAGGAGGAGGUGCAUCCCGGCAUGCUGGGUCUGAGCCAUGAGGAUCAGCAGACCCAUGAAAGGGCCUUACUGGUGGCUUUUACUCGAGCUCGGAGGAAGGAGAACCUCUUUAGGGAGAUCCGUGAGAAGAUAAAGGCCAUGAAAGGUCGUAAAUUUCCUCAUCCUGCACCGGAGCAUGGUAUUAAAGGUCACCCGAGACAUCGGCGGAGGAGGCGGACCACACUAGCAGGCCGUUCUGGUGUAGGACCCGCAACAGGAGGCGGCGGUGGAGGAAAGGGUGGUGGCAGACGGAGAACACGUUGCAGCCGGAAGCCGCUUCACGUGAACUUCAAAGAACUGGGUUGGGACGACUGGAUUAUUGCGCCGCUUGAUUACGAAGCUUAUCACUGUGAGGGUUUGUGUGACUUUCCCUUGCGCUCACACCUGGAACCGACCAACCACGCCAUCAUCCAGACUCUCAUGAACUCUAUGGACCCGGAGUCCACCCCUCCCAGUUGUUGUGUUCCUUCUAAACUCAGUCCCAUCAGCAUCCUGUACAUUGACUCUGGGAAUAACGUGGUUUAUAAACAGUAUGAGGACAUGGUGGUGGAGAGUUGUGGGUGCAGGUAGCAAUGUGAGUGAGGGGUGACCUACCCCUGGACACUAUCCGAAUGCUGCCGCUGCCUCAUAUGCAGAGGCCUCAUAUGUGGGCAAGAUGAAGGAGACAGAGCCCGUGAGAUGGACAGUGUGUAAAUGUAUGACAACGAGCAUGUGUGUAUGUUCAGACGGCCACAAGACAUUGAGUUGUGUUUCAGAAGUGAGCGGAGGAUAUGUGUGCUGAACAUCUUCAAAUUCCCUUACAACACCAAAUAAACAACUCCUCAACGGAGAAUAAGUGAAAACAUAGGCUUUCCAGAAAUUAUUUUACACCCUGUUAAUAUAAACUCAAUGAUAGAGUGUUGAAGUAUCCUUGCAGCAGCGGUAGAAAUGUUGGUCCCGUUAAGACUCUGUCAGCGGUAGCACGCAACUAUAACAUGUAUAACAGUUAAAGGUGCUUUGCAUGACAGUCAGCUUAUAUUCAAGAUGAAAUAGCUAAGAAGAAUUUCGAUAGUGUCUCUGAAAAUGUUUCUCUGUGAAGUCUGCUGGUCUUAAUUAAAUAUGGCAUUGACUGAGUGAAAGUUUGACUCCAUUCUAAAUCUAAGGGGUCAAAGUUUAGCUUGU